AUGUUUGACUUCAAAAAAUUACCUAUCUUAUGGGUUUAUAUUUGUUUUGGCUCUUUGAUUUCUACCUCUUUCUUAGAUGAAAGAUUCCUUCAAGAUACUGAUCCAUCAUUGUUUGCAUCUCCAGAAGGAAUGAUUGGUCUCCAAACCUUUCCAUCUAUAUCAGGUCAAGAUGCCAGCACUUCUUCAGGUAUAUUUUUGAAUUCAAAUUCCAGGACAAAACAUCAAAUACAAAGAGAUGUGAUUGACAACCCUGUCAACCCCAAAGCAAUCAUACCAGAUUUGAAUGAUCCCUAUAUAGAUGAAUCUACAUCUACUUCAUCUGAACUGGGUCAGAGAGAGGAUAACCUUCCAAAUGAUGGGGUGAAUACCCCACAUGCAGAGGCCAUAACAGUAGAAGACCAGGAGCAUACAGAUUCAUACAGCUUGUCAUCAAACAUGAUGAAGGAUCAUAGGGGAAAACGUAAGCAAAUCCCUACUUAUCUUCAAGAGAAAAGAACAAAAACUUCAUCAGGAAUAGAAUUUCAGGAUGUGACAACUCAGAAAAGCUUGCAAAGAGCUCCAUCUAUUGAAAAUGAGAAGUUGGAUAGAAGAAUCAUGUACUCUGUCCUCAAAUGGCAAGCUAGAUUGUCAUUAGGAAAGAAAUAUGGGCUGUCUGAAGAAAUCAAAUCUUACUUUAAGACAAUGAAAGAAUAUAGUAUAUCAAACAUUUCAAACCAAUCAAAACAAACUCAUUACAAAAAACAAGUUGAGAUUGCUUUUGAAAAGAUCAAGACUGAUCUGGUUUUCAGAAUCUUUGGAAUAGUGAAUGUGAGCUUUAGAGGGGCGCAGUUUUCACCAUUGAUACCCCUUUUGCUUGAGGAUGCAUGGAAUUUUCUACAAUCUUACCUGGAUCAAGAAAUCUUGUGGGUUGAUCAUGCGAAAUUAUUGGAACUGACUUUGAACAAAACAAAACCCAAUCAACACUUCUUAAAGCCUGGCCAACUCAUGAUAUACACCCUAAGCCUAUCAAAACAAACAAACAUGCCUUCAAGCCUGACAUUAAAAGUGAUAAGAGAUUGGAAAAGAUUAUCAACUUAUAAGCAAGUUAUAUCCAGAAUAUCAUUGGACCCUGCAUCUCUAUCAGUUGACUGUGCAAGAUUGUAUCAAGAAAGGGGAGAAGAAAAAAAGAUCCGAGCUAGAAACCCCACACACUCAAAUCAAUUAGAUACUCCCCCAGUUUCAUUAAUUGAUACAAACACUGGAGGACAAACAUUUGCCCUCAGAAAGUUCUCCAGCUUUAUAAAGAGAUCUGGAAAUCAAAUUAUUGGGGCACAAAGAAGUCAAGCAGUUGCAAAUUUUUUCACCGACUUCAGUAAAAUGAUGUGGGACAGCUAUCAAGGAAAUAUGAGACCAAUUGGUCAAUCCAUAGAUGCUCCAACCAACAAAGUGGGUCUUAGUUGGGCCAUAGUUGAGGGUGCAAUGAGAGCUGCCCAAGAGUCAAUCACACCCUCCUUCAUAGGCUUGUUGGGGCUCAUGCAUCCAGAAAAAACCUCCCCCAUGGCUUGGGAUGAUAUUUAUGAAAAUGGCUGGGAAUUCUUGAAAUCCUAUUUUUCUACAUGGCAUAGAUAUAUUUCAGAAACUGCACAUCCAAUAUUUUUUGAUCCACCAAAGGAUGCAAAAGAUGAGAUUGAAUGGGCCAACGUCAAGGAAACACUUCAUUACCUGCAUAGACUGUCUUGUGAUAAUGCUUUCCCUUGCAGGCCUAUAUGGUACCUUGUGGACUUGUGGUAUGAUUCAAUAAGAAGUGAUAGUAACACCAUGUCUUCAAACCUCAAUGUUUUACCCCCACACCGGGAAAAAAUGAAAAUCAAGUGCAUCCAAUUGGAUGAUCAAUGA